AGUUUUUCAGAAUUUCACAAUAUUUUUAUAAUGAACAACGGACAUGAACUUUUACCAACAUUAGUUUCUAGUGAGGAAUGCUGUGCAACUGUAUGAGAGCGAUUCUGGAAUUAUUGAGAAAAAAUAUGGAUUAAAAAAAGAUACUUUUCUCCAUAUAGCAGCUAGUUAUAACAGGUCCUCGAUUGUACAGUUCCUUCUGUCUAAAGGAGCAGUUCAGUGUAAAGAUGCAAACGGGAAUACACCUCUACACAUUGCUUGUAUCAGUGGAGAUGAAGCAACUAUUUCUUUACUUCUGGAUAAAUCAGCUUGUGCAGUACACAACCUAGAUGGGUAUCUACCUAUCCAUAUAGCAGCUGCAGCAGGAAAUAUAACAGCAGUCAGGAUGUUGGCAGAUUAUGGUGUAUGUUGCAGUACCCCCUCUUGGCUUGGUGAAACCCCUUUACAUGCAGCAGCACAGUUUGCACAAACUCAUGUUAUUCAGUUCCUUCUAAACCAGGGGGUUCAGGUUGCAGACAGAAAUAAUUCUGGCGAGACACCUCUACAUCUGGCUGCAGGGAGUAAAGCUGAAGACACAAGUCAUAUUCAGAUACUUCUUGAUGCAGGAGCAUAUAUAGAUUGUCGAACCGGAAAUGGUUCUCCCGCCCUCUUUUACGCAGCUGAAACCGGAACUCCGGAUUCGUUUAAACUUCUCUUAGAUCUCGGCUCACCAGUAAGAAAAGUGACGAAACAAGGCGAUCUUUACGAGGAGGAAACUAAGGGAGAAACUUUGUUACGGAAAGUUCUUAAAUCUGGAUGUAAAGAGAAGGGAAAACUAUUGAUUGAGCGGAUUAUGAAAGCCAGGAUUAAAUGCAACGAAGCUCUGAACCCAGAUGAUCUAUGCCGCGGAAGGAAAGCCUGCCUCACAAAGAGAAAUGUAACAACUCAAGAAAUGGCUCUAAGCUCUAUGUGCACAGAGAUCACCGACGAUAUAGAAGACCCUGAUUCCAUUUUCAGAAAUCUCAUUCAAGCUAAUUCAUCUAUUCUAGAGAGUUUGUUGGACAGUUGCUUGGUUUGCGACCAAAAUAGGUAUAUCAUAACUUAG